AUUUUACUAAAGUGUUAUGUACAAUUUCAUGAAGAACUGAGGCCACCUAGCGGUCACACUGUUGUAACACAAGGAUUUCGACAGAACUCAGGCAGGCAAGGAAACAUUCAAUCACAUCCAGCCUCCUCGUUGACGACUGAACAUUUCAACCAAGCGUUUUCUUAAGAUUGGCACCUUGAUACAAAUAAUCUUAAAUAUGUUACCUGCGAGCCAGUAUGUGGGUGUGUAAUCAGUUCAAAAUAUUGUGAAAGUGGACUGCAUGCCGGUUAUGUCCACCAGACCACCCAUCGCGGCGGUAGUGGCCGCGCUAGGCCUCUGUUUGAUUUUGCUUGUCGGGGCAGAAGACGGUUCCGGUCGCUCAUACGUAGCUGCGGUCUACGAGCACUUUGUGUACCUGAAUCCAAAGCCGCACGUGCCGCUGUCUCGAGCUGCUGCACUUGAACACAUGAAGAAGAAUCUGGACGUUUAUGAAGCGCAAGCUGCUCUGGCAGCCGGAAAGGGUGCUCAGAUUAUAGUGUUUCCCGAAGAUGGUAUCCAUGGUUUCAACUUCAGUCGUUCAUCCAUAGCGGGUUACCUAGAGGCAAUCCCCGACCCACAAAAAGAAAACUGGAACCCAUGCACCGAGCCAGGCCGGCAUGCACACACUGAGGUCCUCCAGCGUCUGAGCUGCAUGGCUCGACGUCACCGUCUCUUCCUGGUGGCCAACAUGGCCGCCCUCCAGCCGUGCUCCGUGACCUUCGACCUCACCUGCCCUCCAGAUGGACGCUGGCAGUUCAACACUGAUGUGGUGUUCAGGUCGGAUGGACUUCUGGUGGCUCGUUACCACAAGUACAACCUGUACUUUGAGAACGCCUUUGACAAGCCCCCGAGUUCAGAGCUCGUCACCUUUGACACGCCCUUCGCUGGAACGUUUGGGGUGUUGACCUGCUUCGACAUCCUGUUCCACGAUCCCACAGUGACCCUGCUGAACAAGGGGGUGCGGCAGCUGGUCUACCCCACGGCGUGGAUGAACCAGCUCCCCCUGCUGGCGACGGUGCAGUUCCAGUGGGCCUUCAGCCGGGGUGCCAACGUCUCUGUGCUAGGGGCCAACAUACGCAGUGACCCACUGGGCAUGACCGGCAGUGGCAUUUUCAGCCCCGACACGGCUCUUUACCACCACGCUAGGGCAGGGGAGCUGGAGGCUGGGAAGCUGCUGGUGGGCAGAUUACCCGUGCUGGACCCCUCGUGGCUGCAAGACAGAGGGGCGAUGGAGCGUGGAGGUCUGGGUGAUGGAGGGACAGAGCCACCCCCAGGAUCGGAGGCUCUCUCUGGGGUGGGAGGCACAGGUGGGGUGGGGGGCGUCGGUGUCUGGUCCUCAAGUGUCACAGACUCUUUUUGCCUGCCGAAGGAGGAGGGCUGUCAGAGGACUGCGCCGUCUUCCUCUCCUCUCCCCCCUAAUCUUUUCCACUCCUCCAUGAUGUACGAUCAGUUCGCCUUCAAACUCUUGCUGGACUCGGAGGGCGAGCUCACUGUGUGUGAUGGGUCUUUCUGCUGCCGCCUGCAAUACCGGAGAUCUCCACUGGAGGGCAGUAAAGAACUCUAUGCACUGGGGGCAUUUGCUGGCACACACGUGGUUAAUGGACGCUACGCACUGCAGGUGUGCGCUUUGGUCCGCUGCUCUGGGACAGUGGAUCGCUCCUGCGGACAGGAAGUGGAAGAGGCAGACACCAAGAUGGACUUCCUGCUGGAAGGGAAGUUCAGCACGCAGCACGUGUAUCCGUCGGUGGUGGUCAGUCAGGUGGUAUUGGAGAGGCCGGACGCGGUGGAGAGAAGCGCUGACGGUCGAGUGGUGAUGAGACACUCAGGGACGACAGCUGGACUGGUCACCGCAUGUCUCUAUGGCAGGAUGUAUGACCAGGAUGGGGCGUGAAUGUGUGUGUGUGUGUGUGUGUGGGGGGGGGGGGGGGGGAGGGUGAGUUUUAUAGGUUGCAGCUCAUGCUGUCAUACAACCCUUUCAUUUUUUUAAUUAGUAACCUAAUAAAAUUUUAUUCAGCACUAAGUACUAAGGGUGGGGGGGGAAUUUGAUUCACUUAUGAAUCGCAAUUCACAGAUUCCUCCCAAAAAUUAUGUAAGCAUAUAUAGAUUUGCAACUUAAUAAAAAAUCGAUACACGAUUUUUUGGGGCGAAUCCUAACCCCAAGGAUCAAAUCAUAAGGUACCUAAAGAUUCCCACCCCUAAUAGACGGUAAGCUGUACAUUUCUGUUUAAUAAAUGUAUCUGUGUUGCAGAAAUAAAUAAAUCUAUUCAUGAAACGUC